CUGCGUGUGCGUGCGUCACGUCACGUCCCUUCCACCGCCCCGCGCCCGUGGGCGCCGCCCCAACCGAUCUGAUCUGUCUCGACUCCACUAGAGCGAGACAAUAAAGGAAAAAUUCCACCCCUUUCUUCCAUCUCAGCUCCUCCGAGCGAGACAAGCUCCCGAUUCGAUCGGCCGCACCCCGUUUUCUAUUCUUCUCUGAUUCGAUCGGCGGAGGCGGGGGCGGCCUGGGCGGGGGACGAGGGAGAUGAGGAAGCGCGAGCGCGAGAACCCGUGCGGGAUCUGCGGCCACUACCACAAGUACGAGGAGGGGGAGGUGUGCGGCGUCUGCGGCCACCGCCCGCCCGCGGCGCCGGCGGCGGGGGCGAGGCAGCAGGACUCCGCGUUCCCGUCGGAGAUCCUCAAGGAGUUCCUCUUCCUCGGCAGCUACGACAACGCCUCCCGCUCCGAGCUCCUCAAGACCAUCGGGGUCUCGCACAUCCUCAAUACUGUACCAUUAUGCCAAAACCUGUACCGGAAUUCAUUCACUUACCACUGCCUUCAAGAGGACAAAACUCUGCAGUUUGAUGACGCAAUCCAGUUUCUAGAACAAUGUGAGAGGGAGAAAGCACGUGUCCUUGUGCAUUGCAUGUCAGGGAAAAGUAGGUCGGCCGCAUUUGUUAUAGCCUUCUUGAUGAAAUCAAGGGGUUGGAGACUGGCACAGUCUUUUCAGUGGGUCAAAGAACGGAGACCACAAGUACACCUAUCUGAUGGUAUUCCUUUUGGUGCAGCAAGCCAGUUAUGACUUCUUUUGUUUGCUCGGUAACAAAUGCAUGGAGGGGGGCAACCAGUGAAUUGUUGAACUAGUAUCUGGGAACUUAGUACUCCAGCUAAUACAAAUUCUUCCAUUUUAAAUUUGGACAUUCUACUCCUACAUACUAAUAUACCAUGCCAUACAAAUAAUGAUGCAUUUAUCAUAGCUAACAGACGCGAUGAACUUGCUUUCCACAGGGGCACAGCAGCAGUUGAUUGAGUAUGAAACGAAGCUUUUUGGUUCCAAUGUCAGCAUACCUGCUCCAUCCUUUGCUCCAGCAGAUUCUUUCCCUUCUCUUGGAUUUGGUUUUCCUAAACCUGCAGGUGACAUCCAAGUGCCUACCUUUAACCAGCAGGCUCCAGCAUCCAUCUUUGAGCGUGUCAGCCCAAACAACUUCCCUAGUAAUUUCACAUUCGGAGCUGAAAGAACUAAUGAAGCGAAACUUCCAGAUAUCAAUAGUUUCGGUGUGAUUAACUCGUCUGGUGGCGAUAGCAUGAUGGACAGCUCCUAGAAUUCUUUUCCUUGUGCCAGUGGCAUUGAUACAGCAGGCUCAAGCAUCCAUCUUUGAGCAUGUCAGCUCAAACAACUUCCCAAGUAAUUUCACAUUCGGACCUGAAAGAACUGAUGAAGUGAAACUUCCAGAUAGCAAUAGUUUCGGUGUGAUGAACUUGUCUGGUGGCAAUAGCAUGAUGGGCAGCUUCUGAAUUGUUUUGCUUGUGCCAGUGGCAUUGAUACAUGAUAGGGAUGAAUGGAUUGCAAAUUUAGUUGGGUUUCUCGGGAUGUUUUUGACUUCUGAGAAGGAAAUGCAUUUUUGUAAAAGGCAUUUUUGUAAAAGGAUGUUAUGAUACAUGCCAGCACUCAGACAAUUGCUACUGUGCGUUUUAACAAACAUGUGUGUGCUUUUUUGUGGAACUUUUCAAGUGUAAUUUGCACAAACCGAUUACUUUGGAAAGUUUGAAAAAAAGUUA